AUGAUUCCAAAAGGAGUUAUUCAAAAGAAGUUAAAAAAAAAAAGAUUGAAAAGGCUUAUAAAUAAGAAUAAGAAAAGAAAAAAAUCUACAAUAUUCUUUAACAAUAAUGAAUUAAAUUAUAUAUACAAAGAUGAUUUUACAAUAAUAGAUGGGGAAAAGAUAAACGUAUCAAAAGAAAAGGAGAAAAAAAGCAUGAAUAAAUAUGUUAUAAAAUUACAAAAUUUAUAUAAAGAAUUAAAAUUAGAAGAAUGCUUAAGAUAUGGGUUAGAAAAUUUAGAAAAAUUAAAAAAGAAAGACUUUAUUGGUAAAAUUGAAUUUUUGAAGACUAUAGGAAAUGCAUAUUUUUAUUUUGAAAAUUAUAAGUAUAGUUCGUUUACAUACAUUUUAUUAUCUAAAUAUUUAAAUAAAGUUAAUGAAAAAUAUAAAAUAGAAAUAUGCUAUAAUGCGGGAAUAGCAUUUAUAAAAUAUUUUUUAGAAAGUAAUGAUAUAGAAUAUUUUUUAAAUGCUAAAACUUCUUUUAUGUGUUGUUUGUUAUAUAAUGAUAAGGAAAGUGAAUAUUUCAAUCCAACAAUUUAUGAAAGUACAGUGAAAAUAUUAAGGAACAAUUUUCUAACGGACAUAAAACAAAAUUCUGUGAAUACAGAAAACGUAGAUUUUGAAAAUAGCUCCCAUGAAAGUAUUUUUCUGAAAAAUUAUUUGAAUUUAUCAAGCAUAGAAAUAAGAAAAGAAGAAUCAAAUACAGAAUCUACUUACUUAAAGAGUAUUAGCAAUAUUGAAGAAGAUUUAAAAGAAAAAACACAUAGGAAGAAUAUAGAAGACAAUAUAAAUUUUGACUCAAAUUACUUAGAUAACAUUCAAAUAUAUGAUAGCAGUUUUGAUAAAAAAGACCUUUCAGCAAAGAAGAAAUAUUUAUUACAAAGAGAAAGAAAAAAAAAUAAUAUUAAUGAUAUAAACAAUGUAAAUAACAGGAAAGAACAAAUUUACAAUAAUGAUAUUUCAACUGAAGAUAAUUUAAUGAAAAAGAAAUUGGAAGAAAAUAAUCCUAGUAAUUUUGAUAAUUUUUUUAUGAAAAAAAAAGUUUCUGAUGAUAAAGGUGAUAUGAAAAGUUUAUCAAAAAAUGAUGAAAAAAAUGAUGGAAAAAAUGAUGAAGAAAAUGAUGGAAAAAAUGAUGGAAAAAAUGAUGGAAAAAAUGAUGGAAAAAAUAAUGAAAAUGAUUUGAUUAAUAUUUAUAGUUCUACUGAAUGCAAUUUUUUUAAUAAAAAUAAAUUAAAUGAAAAUAUACAAUUUAAAAAAAAGAGAAAAAUUACAUGUCAAAGUAUUGUUUCUGCUGUUCAUUAUAAUAGUAAUGAAUUUCUAAAUAAUUACAAUUCUUCACAAAAUGAAAACUAUAUUUUAGAAAACUACUCAGAAGAUAUAAGUGAUAGUUUAAUUAAUAAAUUAGACGAUUUCUUAUUAGAAAAUGUAAAAAAAAAAAAGAAGAAAAUAAAAACACAAAGAAUGAAAUUAUUAAAUGAUAAUAUACAUGGAAAUGAUAAUGCAUCAUAUUCAAUCAAUAAGAUAAAAAAAAUAUAUAAAGAAUAUGAAUUUAAUUUAUUAAAAGAAUAUUAUUACAUAUACGAUUUAAAAAAAAAAAAAAAGGAAAUGAAAGAAGUAUUAAAAAAUAAAAAAAUACUCGAUUUCUUUAAUACUAUAUAUAAGAUAUGUAAAUAUAAAAAGUUCAACACUUUGAUAAAAUUUGUUAACAAUUUUUCACAUAAUAGUAUGGUACCAGAUGAAAGUCAUUGUAAAGUAGUUAAUAUAAAAGGAUACUCUCGGAAAAAUGAAAAUGAAGAAAAUAAAAAUAAAAUUGUUGAAGAAAUUACAUACAAAGAUAAACAUACUAACGAAAAUAUAAAUAUUAAAGAAUUAGAAAAAAAAAAAUUUGAAGAGAUAUAUAGUUUGUCUUCUAUAGAAAAAAGAUAUAAAGAAAAUAAUGAAAUGGAUAAUAAAGAAAGCAAAGAAGGAAAUAAAACUGAAGAGGAAAAAAUUGAAAAAAAUAAAGAAAUAAAGAAUAAAAGGCAUAAAAAUGAAACUAAUUAUAAUAAUAUUAUAGAAAUAUAUAGUGAUAUAAGAAAUAGCAUAAAACAGAAUGGUUUAAUAUAUAACAAAUGUAAUGAGAAGUAUUAUGAAGAAAAAAGGGAAAUAGAAGAAACAAUUAUUUUAAAUAUUAAUAAAAUAAAUAAAAAAAGAAUAAGAGAUAAAGUAAAAAAGUUAAGUUCUCAUAACAACUACUUACUACCAAAUGUUGGCGAUAAGAUUAUAGAUGAUAUGGAUAAAUUAUUUUUAAUGAAUAACUAUUCCAUUGUUCUAAAAAGCAUUAAAAAAAAUAAGAAUAUAAAACAUAUUUAUCAUUUAUAUGAAAGUAUGUAUGCCAUUGAUAAAUUUGAUUCUAUUAAUAGUAGUAAUUUUUUUAAUAUAUCUCACUUUAUUAUUGAUAUAUUGUUACUUAAACAAGUACAAGAAAAAGACGAUUUAAAAAAAAAAAUUAAGAAAAUAAAAUAUUCGUAUAGAAAAUAUUAUACUAGACAUACCGAAUCUAAUUCAAAUAUCCUUUUUAAAAACAUAAUAAAAAAUGUACCAAGUAAUGAUAUUGAAGCUAAUUUCGAUAAAUAUGAAGAAUUUACCUUUUUUAAUUUAAGGAAAAGAAGAAAAAUAAUAAAAUCAAAUGAAAAUAAUUUGGUUAAUAAUGAUACAAAAAUUAAUCCUACUAUUAUUGCAUAUAGCAACGAUUCCGAGAUAUGUAUGAAUAAUAAAAGGAAAACAUUAAACAACACAUAUGAAAAUUUAGGAAAUGAUAAAUAUCAUAACAUAAAUAAUAUCAUUUUAGAUGGUAGUCUCAAUUCAGAAAAUAUAAAGAGAAUGGAAAAUAGAGAAAGUAACCAAAUGGAAAAUAAAGAAAAAUUCAAUGAAAUGGAAGAAAAAGAAAAAGAUAAUAUGGAGAAAAAAGAACAAAACAAGAACUUUAUAAAUGAUAGAAAUAUGUCAAGUAAUGAAAUGAGUUGUGAAUUGAAACUAAAAAAGAAGAACAUAUUAUUUCAUAGUUAUAAUUAUGAAAAAGAAAAAAUUUUUGCAGAAAUAAAAAAAAGCGAAAAAGAAUUUUUUGAUAUAGAAACUCUUUUUGAUUGUCUUAACUCUAUGAAUGAAAAUAAUUGCAUUAAAGAUAAAAUAGAAGAAAUUAUUUUAAUUUUAUUUUAUCAUUAUUGUGAUAAGGAAAAUAAUAUAAAAAAUACAUUAUUGAAAAUUUUCUUUUUUUUUACCAAUAAUAAUAUUAUAAAUAAGAAAAAUGUACACUGUUACUUAUCUUUUUUAAGAUUAUAUAAUCUUUAUAUGUAUGAUUAUAAAUGUAAAUCAUUAAAUAUAUUUUAUCAUAAUAUUGAAAAUGAUUCAGAAAAAAUUAGAAAUGAAAAAAACGAUAUAUCUAUAGACUCCAAUUUAGAGUUUGAUAAUUAUGAAGAUUUGAUACAUUUUCAUUUAUAUAUGCUAAAAUUAUUAUACAAGUGCUAUUUAAACAAGUUAAAAAAAAAACAUACUUUUGAUAAUAUAAACUUAGAAAAAAUGAUUAAUUGUACAUUCGCUAUUUUAAAUUUUUUAUUAAUAAAAUAUAGUUAUGAUCAACAAAAUGGCAAGAUAAGGAGACGCAUUAUAUUUUUAUUUUUAGAAUUCUUGUAUAUAAAUUCAAAAUAUUAUUUUAAAAAUAUAAAAUUUUUCAUGGAUACAUAUGAUAUAAAUUAUUUAAUUAAAAAAGAAAAUGCUAAAAUUCGAGAAACAAACAUUGAAGAAAAGGUAUAUAAUAAUUUAUAUGAAAAAUUUACUCAAAAGGAUACUUUAAAAGAACAAGAGAAAAACGAAGGAAAAGUGGAUGAAGAAGAGAAAAAAAAAGAAAACGAAGAAAAAUAUUCUGAAAGAAAAGAAUAUGAAUUGAAUGAUGAAAAUAGAGAGCAUAAUGAAAAAUAUGAUGAAAAUGAAAAGAAAGAAAAUGAGAAUCAAGAAGUAAUAGAUGAAGAAGAAAUAGAAGCUGAAGCAGAAAUAAGAAAAUAUGAAAAAAAAGAAGUAGAAGGAUAUGAGGAAAAUGAAAAAGAAGUAAGAAUAAGAGAAAAAGUUGAAGAGAAAGAAGAAAAAAAAAAUGAAAGAAAUAAAAUAAAAGAAAAUGUCGAUAAUCAUGAAGUAGAAGAGGAAGAAGAAGAAGAAGAAGAAGAAGAAGAGGAAGAUGGAGAAGAAGAAGAAGAAGAGGAAGAUGGAGAAGAAGAAGAAGAAGAAGAAGAAGAGGAAGAAGAAGAAGAGGAAGAAGAAGAAGAGGAAGAGGAAGAAGAGGAAGACGAAGAAGAAGAAGAAAGAGAAGUAGAAAAAGAGGAAGAAGAGGAAGAAGGAGAAGAAGAAGAAGAGGAAGAAGAAGAAGAAGAGGAAGAAGAAGAAGAAGAAGAAGAAGAAGAAGAAGAGGAGGAAAAUGAAGAAGAAGAGGAGGGAAGUGAAGAAGAAGAAGAGGAGGGAAGUGAAGAAGAAGAAGAGGAGGAAAAUGAAGAAGUAGAAGAAGAGGAAAAUGCAGAAGGAGAAGAAGAAGAGGAGGAAGAAGAAGAAGAGGAAAAUGAAGGAGAAGAAGAGGAAGAAAAUGAAGAAAAAGAGGAAGGAGAAGAAGAGGAAGAAAAUGAAGAAGGAGAAAAAGAAGAAGAAGAGGAAGAGGGAAAUGAAGGAGAAGAAGAAGAGGGAAAUGAAGGAGAAGAAGAAGAGGAAGAAAAAGAGGAAGGAGAAGAAGAGGAAAAUGAAGAAGGAGUAGAAAAAGAAAAAGAUGAAGAAGAGGAAGAGGAAGAGGAAGAGGAAGAAGAAGAGGAAGAUGAAGAGGAAGACGAAGAAGAAGAAGAAAGAGAAGUAGAAAAAGAGGAAGAAGAGGAAGAAAGAGAAGAAGAAGAAGAAGAGGAAAAAGAAGAAAAAAAAAAAGAGGAAGAUGGAGAAGAAGAGGAGGAAGAAGAGGAAGAACAAGAAGAAGAAGAAGAGGAAGGAGAAAAAGAGGAAGGAGAAGAAGAAGAGGAAAAUGAAGAAGUAGAAAAAGAAGAAGAAGAGGAAGAGGGAAAUGAAGGAGAAGAAGAAGAAGAAGAAGAAGAGGAAGAGGAAGAAGAAGAAGAAGAAGAAGAAGAAGAAGAGGAAAAUGAGGGAGAAGAAGAGGAAGAAGACGCUGAGGAAGAUGGAGAAGAAGAAGAGGAAGAAGAAGAGGAAGAAAAUGAAGAAGAAGAAGAGGAAGAAGAAGAAAAUGAAGAAGAAGAAGAAAAUGAAGAAGAAGAAGAGGAAGAAGAAGAAAACGAAAAAGAAAAGAAUGAAGUAGAAGAAAGAAAUGAAGAAGGAAAAGAAGAGGAUAAUAAAGAAAAUAAGAAAAAAGAAAAAAAACACUCUUUGAAACAUAAUAAUUUAAUAAAUAAUAAUAUUCCUUUUAAGCUUGUCGGAAAAAUUAAAAAAAAAUUCAAAAAAUUAAAUGAAAACAUAGAUCUUGCUUUUUCAUCUUUUUUAAAAUGUUAUAACAAAUGUUUUUUUAUAUUAAAUUUAAAAUUAUAUGAAAAUAAGUUUUUUAAAAAAAACAUUAUGAAGAAGAUCAAAAAAAUUGUUUACUAUUGCAAUAGCCUUUAUAGUAUGGUAAAAGUAAAAAAGUUACCCAUUUACAAAGUUUAUAAUUUCACAUUAAAUGAAUUAAACUGUAAUUUAUAUAAUGAAAAUAUUUUUUCAAAGCCACAUUUUUUUAAGAUAUUAAAAGAAGACAAAUAUGUUAAGAAAAUAUACACACAUAAGCAAGAUUAUAUUUCAAAAAUGAAUGCAUAUAAUAUCAGCAACAUGUUUAACAGGAAUAUUACAAAAAAAAAUGAUUUAAUGAGUAUCCUGGUAUCUUUUACUAGACGAGUUAAAAAAAAAUAUGAAAAAAAAAAAUUAAGUAAAAAAAAAAAACAGUUUAUUAUUCUAACAUACUCUUAUAAAUAUGUAAAGAAUUGCAUUUGUAAGGAAAUAAAAAAAAAUAGUAUAUUAUGCUUAUAUGAAAAAGCAAAAGCAUUAGACAAAAAUUUUACUUUAAAUAUUGAUUCACUUCACUCUUUAUUUGACACAAGAUUAUGCAUUUUAACUUUGAAUUAUGAAUUACAAAAUAUAAUUAUUCAAUUUAUUAAUGAUUGUAUGAAUUUCAUCAUGAAAAAUAAAAAAAAAGCAUAUUUCAUUUUGAUUAGAAAAGUAAUGAAUAUUUAUAACAUGAUUUUUUCUAUAUUUUAUUUACGUUUGAAUUCUUUCUCAGAGUUCCAUACAAAUAAAUUAUAUAAAGUACUUUCUCAAAACAAAGAUAUAUUUUCUUAUGAUGAUAAAAUUAAUUCAAAUAUGCUUAAUUUUUUUAAUUUUAUAAAUUUUAGAUAUGGCUGUUCAUACGAUUUUUUAAAUCAUGUUUUUACUUCUUUUCAUGUUCUUAUGAAUUUUAUAGUAAAAAUAAAUGUAAACAUAAAAAUAGAUAAAAAAUUCAUAGGAGUUCAAAAAAAAACAAAAGGCAAUAAACAGAAUACUCAAAAAAAAGUGGAAAAUAUAAGUCAUGAAAUACAAAAAUAUAUUAAAAAAAAAAAAGAUACUGAACAGUUAAUAAAAAGGAAGAAAAGCACAAUAAAUUGUAUUUAUUUAAAAAAGGAAAAAAUAUAUAAAAUAAUAAAAGAGAUAAAAAGAAAAGUAGGAAUAAAUGGACAAUUCAAAAUAAAAAAUAAUCUUUUAGAAAGAAAACUAGGAAAAAAAAUAAACAAAUGUUAUAGUUAUUUCGUGAAAGACAAAAAAAGGGUAAAAGAAAAAAGAAACAAACAACAAAAAAAAAUUAAUAUUAAGAAAUAUUCACAAUUAAAAAGAAGCAAUAGAAAGUUAUAUUAUUUAGCUCGUAAUGAAAGUUAUAAAAUUAGUAAAAAAGUGGGCAACAAAAAUAUAAGAAAAAAAAAAUUAUGUUCUUUAAAAAAAAGUAGUAAACUGAACAAAAAUAGCACAAAUUUAAGUUACACAAGAAGACGUUUUAGAUAUAUAGAAAGAAAUAAUAGAUAUAAAAUUAGAAAAGAUAACUACAAAAAAAAGGAGAACAUUAUAGAAAAAAAUUUGUAUAAAUAUAAAAAUAAAUAUAAAAGUAUAUUGAACAGUUAUAAAAAAUUAAAGAAAAUAAAAAGGAAAUUGAAAAAAACAGUAGACAAUACUUCUUUUUUUAAAUAUAUAUCUAUAAUAAACAAAAGUGAUCAUAAAAUUUAUACAUCUCUUUAUCCGUUAUUUUCACAUAUUUUGUUUAUUCUUAUAUCCAUUUUAUAUAUAGAAAAUUAUAAUAUUUUACAUUUACGAAAAAGUCAAGAUUUUUUCAUGAUUAAUGAUAUAUAUAACACUUACUAUAUAUUUUUGCAUAUUUCAAGUAGUAUCAUAUUAUUAAUAUCUUCUCCUUUGAAAACUCACUUGCAUUUUUAUCCAUUUUUAAAAUCAAAGCAGGGAUGUUUCAUUAAAAGAAAGAAUAUAAAAGAAAAUAUAGAAUAUAAUAAUAAUGAAAUAGAAAAUUUAGAUAAAAAAUAUGUAAUAUCAGCAAGUGAAGAUAAAAAUCAUCAGAACAUUCUAAAUUUCUCAAAAAAUAAAUUAGAAAUUGAAUCAAAUACCUCAAAAUUAAAAAAUAACUCUAACUUAAUAAAAUGUGGCAAUAAAGUUGAAUUAAAUAGGAAAUGUAAUAAUAAGUAUGAAAUUUAUUUGCAAACACUUUUAAAUUUUAGCUUAGUUGAUGUUUUGCUAGUUUCAAAGAAAAAAAAUAAUACCAAAAGGAAAAUAAAGAAAAAUAAAUAUAUCUAUAUUUUUUGUAAUUUAGUAGAAAAUUUAUUGCAGAUUAAUAUGUUUUAUGUAGAUUUAUUUAAUAAUUGUAAAAGAAGUAAUGUACUUCAAAUGAAUGAAAUAUUUUUAAAAUUAAAUAAAUUAUGUAAAGAUAACAAUAUAAUGGAUGAUUUUACCCAAAUGAAACAAACAUUAAUUAAUCAUGCUUUAUUUAAAUUUGUUUUACAAGAUAAAUAUUUAAUAUAUUUUGAUUUAAAUAAAAACGAAUUAUACAAUAUUAAUAAAUGCUCUAUGAAUUUGUUUUAUUUUUCUUUAAAUAUUUUGUUAACUUCUUUUAAUACAGAUAUAUCGAUUCACUUAGAAAGAAAUAUAUAUAAUAUUAAUCUUUAUCAUCAAAAAAAUUUGUAUUAUGAAUUAAUUUUAAAUAAUAUUAAAAGGACUAUUCUUUAUAUAAACAAUAGUAAUAAAUCUUCAUUUAAUUGUAUAUUUCCUUGUGUAAUAUAUUACUUAAAUAAAUACAAAAAAAGAAAAAAAACAAAUAAGAAAAAAAAAAAUAACAUAAUAACUAGUAGUUUAAGUCAUGUUUCUUUAUCAGAUGUUAAGUCUAAAAGUUGUAUUUCAUUAGGAAAUGAUGCAAAUGAAAAUAAAAAAAAAAUUAGAAUAGACACAAUUUUGAAUAAAAAAGAAAAAAAUCAAAUUAGAGAAGUUAUUGAUAUAGAUAAUAUUGAGUAUGCUGAUAACCAACACUUGUCUUAUAAUAAAUGCAUAAAUUACAUUAAUAAUAGUAACAUCAUGAUAAAUCAAACUAGAAAUGAUACUUUUGAAAAUAAAAAAAAAAAGUUUAGAAAAAAUAAAAUAAUUAGUAAGAUAAUUUUUGAUAUGAUUAUGCCAUAUACAGAUAUAAAAAAUAUUAAAAUUCAAAACAAAAUAUAUCGCAAUAAUCACUCUAUUAAUGGUCUUAUUAAUAUUUGUUUUUCAUUUUUAUUUAAUAAUUUCUUAUUUUUAAAAACAGUGUAUCCUUUUGACAUUAUACCAAAAGACAAAAAUGAAAAUGAAUCAGAUGAUAAAAAAAUAAAAAUAACAAAAUAUACCUUAGAUAUAUUUAAUAUGAAAAUGAAUGAAAUAAAAUCAGUUGAAUUAUUUUUAUCCUUGUAUAUUCAUAAAUAUAUGCAGAGUAUAUGUUUAGAUAUAAAGAAACUAGUUGAUUAUAAUACAUAUUUAAACCAAUUCUUCUGGAUAUCAAAAAAAAGUCAUAUAAAUAUUUCACACAAUGAUUAUAUAUAUCUUAAUUAUAAAUAUCGUAAUAUUUAUUACAAGUUUAAUGAUUAUAAUGUUUUACAAUUUUUAAUAAAUUUUAAAAAGUCCAAAACUGAAGGAAAAGAAUUUAUGAUGUCUUUUGUAAAAAUUUUUGAAAAGCUCAUUUCGAUAGAUGAUGAAACCAUUACCAAUUUUAUAGACCCAUUAAUUUAUAACAUUUUUAUAGACUAUAUGAAAGAUUUAUUUUUAAAUGAUGAUUAUUAUUAUGUUUGUUUCUAUGAGUAUAUAAAAAAUGUUUAUUUAGAAGAAAAAAAAAAAACUUUUAAAAUUGAAAACUUCGAUUGCUAUAUAGGUGAGUUAAAUGAAUUAAAUCCAUAUAAAAUAAAGAAGAAUAUGAAGAACAAACUUAAAGAGAAUAUUGAUAAAAGCUGCUUAAUGUUAAUAGUUAAAAGGAAGAUAUACAAAAGUUUAAAUUACAAUAAUUAUUAUGAAAUUGAAAGUAAUGUUGAUAUUAUAAAAAAUGGACAUAUUAAUUCAGAGGGAAAUUUAAUUUUAAAUAAAUUAGACAAAAAUUUUACAAAUAAAGAUACUUUUAAUAGUUUAAGAAAACAUAAAAAUAUAAAUGAUCAUAGUACAAAUGAGAACGAUGAUGACAAAAAUAUAAAUGCAAGUAAUAUUUCAAAAAAUACAAUAGAACGAUUAAAUAAAAACGAAAGCGUUACGAUAACAUUAAAUAAUGAUCCAUAUUAUUUUAAAAAAAUACACAUAUAUUAUAAAAGUAAAUUAUUUAGUAUAAUUAAUAAAAAAAAUAUUGAUUAUUUAGAAUUAACGAAAGUUAUAAAUGAAAAGCAUUACAAUCAUUUUAGCAAUAUAUUUUACAGUUUUUUUAUACAUAUAAUGAGUGAAGUUAAAUAUGACUAUAAUAAACAGUACAAUUUUAAUAUUUUAAAAAUUAUUGAUAAAUUAAAUAUUGGAUUAAAAGCAUCAUUUUAUAAUAGCAAAAAUAUUUUUUUAUAUUAUUAUAUUUUUCAACAGUAUUUUCACUUAUAUAAAUUUUUAGAAGACAAAUAUUUUUCUGAAUUAGUUCUUUCUGAAUAUUUAUUAUUAAAUAUAACAACUAAAUUAGUUGAUAAUUCUUUAUAUAAUACUGAUCUUUAUAAAAUGUACUACUUUUUAAAAUUUUUAUACCUAAAAUAUACGUUGAAACAUACAGAUAUACUAAUUAAUUUUUUGAUUUAUGUAUAUUAUAAAUAUUUUUUUUACCAUUAUAAAGGAAAAGACAAUUAUUUUAAUUACUUUAUUGACCUUUUUAUUAGUAUACAUGAAGAAUCAUAUAAUAACAGCAUAUUUACAUCAGAAUAUAAAAACAAAGAAAACAAUGCAUAUAUGAAUUUUACAAAGGAAGUUUUUUUUACAAAAAAUUUUUUUAUCAAUUAUGGUUCUAAUUCAUCGUUAAAAAAUACAUUAAAUAAUGAUAAUGAUAAUAAUAAAAUUACGAAUGAUGGACACAAAAAAAUGAAUAAUUAUUAUUUAGUUUUAUCAAAUUCACAAAAUAGAUAUAUUCAAAUUUUAUUCUUUAAGAUUCUAACAAAUUUUAUAAGGUCAAAAAUUAGUUUGUUAAAUGCAAAACAUCUAUUUGAUAAUUUAAAUUUUUAUAUAUCUUCUUACAUUAAAUAUACUCUUUUUUAUUCUUUUGAAGAAAAAAGUAACUGUUUUGUAAACUCAUUAAGAUAUAAAUAUUUCUUUUAUGAUUUUAAAACAAUAAAGAAAAACAUAAAAUUAUGUGUCUACUUAAAAAACAUUUAUUUAAAACAAGAUUUAUUCAAUAGUAAUAUAUUAUCCUUCUUAAAUAUAGAAUGUAAAAGGGAUAAAAAAAGAUUAAAUAAUAAAAAGCACUUAUAUAAUCAAAACAAAAAUAACAGUGAAAAAAGUUUCAUUGAUUCACAAAAUUUGAAAAAUUAUAAUAAUGAAAAUUCAAAAAAAAAUAGUAUUGAUGUUAAUAUCCAAAAUUUUACAAAUGUAAAAAAUAAUAACAUAAAUAUAAAGGAAACAACAUUUUCAGAAAAUGAAAAUAAUUCAAAAAAUAAAAAUAAAGGUGCUAAUGCGAAAAGGUUAAGAUAUGAAGAAGAAAAAAACAGUAAGGUAAAAACAAAAAAGAAAAAAGUACUAGAAGAAAAUAAAUAUUUAGAACAAGAAAAGGGAAUAAAAGUUGAUAAAAAAGAUGAAACACAUAUAAAAGGAGUAAAAGUUGAAGUAGAAGCAAAUUUAGAAAACUCUGAAGUAGCAAGAAAUUCUAAUGCUGACCAUUCUCAUAAUUACAAUAAUAAAAAAAUUAAUGAAAAAUAUAAGAGUAAUAUAGAACUUGAUAUUGAAAAGAACUUAAAAAAUUAUAAUUUAAAAGUUAUAAAUCAGAAUUCAGAUGAUAAAAAUGAAAAUGAUAAAAAAAAAAUUAGAGUAAACAUUAAAACAGAAGAAUUUAGUGAUGUAGAUAUAAAUCCAUUAGAUGCAUUAGAUCAAUCAGAAAUACUAAAAAAUAAGUUUUAUAAAAAAAUAAACAAUAAUAAAAAAAUUUCAAUAAAGUAUUAUAUAAGAAUUUUAAAAUUUUACUUAAAAAAUAAAGUUCAUGGGUAUUCUAUAAAAUCAUUAGAAAGUUUAAAAUUACAUGAUAAAUCUAUUUAUUUAAUAUUUCUAUUUUUGGGAAAAUUAUUUAACUUUCUCUUUAAUUCCUUGUUAUCUUAUAAUGGUGAAGAAGACAAUAUAAAAAAAAAAACGAAUACAAAAUUAAAUAAUGAAAAAAAACUAUCUAAAGUAGAUUCUAAUUCUUACUCAUAUGAUAAGUUAUUGUUAUAUUUUAUGCUUAUUUCAAUGUGCUAUUAUUCAGACAGUUUAAUAUUUUCAAGUGUUAAUUUUUUAGAUUUUCAAAACAUUUGUUCAAUUAAUGAAGUUACUUGUUUAAAUAAAAAGAAAGAAGAUAAUAUAAGGAAUGUAUCAGAAAAAACAUCAGUAGAAAAAAGAGAUGAAAAUGAAAAAGAAAGAAUAAAAGGAGAUAACAAAAAGGUAAAAGAGGAAAAAAAUAAAAUUGAAGAAUAUGUUAACAAUAUAAAAAAUAUAACAUUAGAAGAAAAUAUGAUAAAUGCAAAAAAUAUAAUAGAAGAGAAAAAUGAAGAUUUAAAAAAAAACAAAUUUCCUUUAAAUCCAAGUUUUUUAAAUACAAAUAGUUAUUACAUUUUUAGAAGUAAGGCAAAUGAUAUUAUUAAUAGUGAUAAAGAAAGUAUAAAAAUUAUUAUCCCAUUAUAUAAAUUAUUGGUAACACGAUUAAAAAUAUGCUUAUAUUACCCUAGAUAUUUCUUUAUUGCUUGUUUAUUUAAUUUUAAAAAUGAAACAAUGUUAUCAAAUAAUCUUUUAAAUUAUAUAAAAGAAGAAAAAUUUCUCAAUGAAAAUAUUAAGUAUAUUUAUCAAGUAGAUAAGGAUCCGCAAAACGUAGAAAAGGAUUACAAAGUUACAAAAUGUGAUACCAUAGUAGAUGAGUUUAAUAAAAUUGAACAUUUUGAUAAUUUAAAUACUCCUGAUUUAAAAAAUUUAGUAGAUGUUACAGAAAGUAUUAAUUAUAAAAAUAUGGAAAAUUUUGUAGAAAGUUUAAAAAUAAAAGAAGAAAAUUACAAUACUUCAAAUAAUUUUAUAAAAAAAAACCCAAGUACAAAUGAAAAUGGUUCUUUAAGUAAUAUUAAAAAUGUUCCAUGUAAUAAUAAGAAAAAGGAAAAUAAUGUAAGUAAAUACAUAAAUUAUUACAAUGACUAUUAUGAAAAUUGUAAUUUGAAUAGUUCUGUUUUAUAUGAUUUAAGUAAUUCACAGAAUAAUUUAAAAAAUGAAGAGUUAAUUGAUAAUAUAAAAUUAUAUGAAAACGAACAAAACUCAUGUAAACUUUUAAAAGAAAAUUGUAUUAAGAAUAAUGAUUGUUAUAUCAUUGAAAAAGAUACGCAUAUAUCUGAAAAAUAUAAUGUAACCAAUGAUACACAUGAAAAAGAGAUAGAUAUAAAUGAAAUAAAUAAAUUUAAUUAUAAUUUGAAUAAAUUAAAAGUUAUAAUAAAAAAUAUAGAAAUUAAAUAUAGUGAUGUUAUCAAUGACAUAAUUGAAGGUUUAAAAUUUAUUUCAGAAAAUAAAAAUUGUAACAAUUAUAAUUCACAAGCUGCUUAUUAUGUGUGUAUAUAUUAUUUUAUGAAAAGAAAUUAUGCUAAAUGUAUACAAUAUAUUAAAAUAUUUGUUGUUAAAGGAGUAUUUAAAAUAUGGCAAAACGAUACUUUUAAUCAAGAUUAUUACAAUUUAUACUGCAAAAGAAUUCAAAGAAAUGAAUUUUGCUCUAUUAAAUAUUUUACUGUUGUAUUAGAAGUUAGUAAAAGCGUUUUGAAAAAAACCUUAACUAAAAUUAAUGAUGAAAUGUGUAAUGAAAAAAAAAAAUUAUUAGAAAACAUCUACAAUAAUAAACUAGAGGAUGAAAUAAAUAAAAUCUUAGUAGAAGUAAAAAUUUUGGACAAAAUUAAAGAAAGUAAUGAAAAUGAAAAAUUAAUUAUUGAAAAUAAAGAUAAUCAUGACAACAAUUUGAAUAGCAAUAAUAAUAAUAAAGACGAUGAAGAAGUUAAAGCAAAUAACAACAGAGGAAUAAUGACAGAUCUUGAUAUAAAAGAAAAAUUAAAUAGUAAUGAAAAUACAACUAAUAUAAAUACCUAUGUAUUAAAUUCAGAUAGUAUGAAUGAUAAAAAAGAGAAUCAAUAUUCUACAAAAGAAAAUAAAUGGAUUUUCUUAGGGUUCGAUCAUUUAGAUCACUUAAAUGAAACAUAUGAGAUAUUGAAAAUACUUUUCGAAAUUUAUUUAAACUUAGGUAAAACAAUGAAAAAAUUUAAUGAUUGUAAAAUAUUAGAAGAAGCUACAUCCUCAUAUGGUUAUAAUUUAUCAAUUAUUAACAUACUUUUUAAAAUGCUAACAGAGCAUUUAUGUUUUAUCUUAGAAGUAUUAUGCUAUUUUACUCCACAUAUUUUAAUAUAUCCAAUUAUUUUGCUAUUCUCUAAUAAUCACGAUAAAUAUUUUUAUUUAAAAGAUGCUUCUAUUAAUGAAGAGAUAAUUUAUAAUCGUGAGAGUUCUUCUAUAGAUUUAAGAAUUUUCAAGUUGUUUAGAGAAUUACUAGCAAAUAAAUCAGUAGUUUUACCAUCUUAUUUAUCAACAAGAAUGCACAAUAUAUUUUUGAUAAUUUGUAAAAAAUUAUUGUAUUAUCAAAGAUGUGAGGAAGACAUGUUAAAGAAUAUGAAUGAUGACAGCAAUAAGGGAAACAAAAAAAAGAAAAAGGGAAUUAUUCAAUUUGUUAUUAAUGCACUUAAUAAUGUUAAUAAAACAAAUCUUUCUUAUUUUGUGAAAUUAUUUAAGAACACAAAAUUACUAAAUUGCACUAAUUAUUUGAAUUGUGAAAGUGUUAAAUUUUUAACAAGUAAAUUAGUCUAUGAUUCAACCUAUUCAGAUAUAAAUAAAAAUCCUCCAUUAAUUGAAUUAGAUGAAGAUAUAGUAGAUAAAACAAAUUAUCCUAUCAAUAAGGAUAUUGUAAUGGAUACCCUUAAUAAAUUAUCAAAUAAUUUUUAUGAUAUAACAGAUAAAGGUACUCUAAAUAACACUGAUCAAUUAGAUAGUGAAAAAAAUAAAAAAAAUGCCUUAUUUUAUAUAAGAUUAAAUAAUGAAAAAUAUAUAUGUUUAUAUGAUGAUUUUGAUAUACUUAGUAAUAUAAAAACUAAACAUGAAGCUUUAAAUUCGGUUUAUUCAUUAUUAUCACAUAAAAAUUCCUUGUCAAAAAAAACAGAUAAUAGCAAUUUAAAAAAAAAAAAAACUUCUGAUUUAAUUAUUCCUGAAGUUAAAAAUUCUGUUCGAGAAAGAGAUUUAAGAAGAUUAAAUAGAGAAAAAAGUAAAGUUAUGUAA